CGCGCACGUGAAGAAACGUUUUCCAGAACGAUGCCAACAUUCACUGAGCAUUUCUACAACAUCUCGCGCCAGAGACUUUUUCCACUACAAAACAUCUAACAAACUAUUUGCAGUCACGACACGCCGUAAUCAAGCGACUCCAUCCUGCGAAAAUUAGCAGGAAAACGCUGCCAUCAAAUAAAUCUCAGUUGGACGUUUAGAUGGUGAUUGUGAAAUCGACUGAGACCCAGGGCAGCAGACGAUCGAGAUGAACUGGGGUGGGCGGGAGCGCGCUGGAGUCACACGAUAAAAAGGCUUUGCUCUUGAGAAAAAAACUCUUGAUUCUUUCCGCAGCCUUCCGUCCUCCAUCGUGCGGUAUGAAGCGUCUCCCUGGAUACUUACCAUCAUUACGCAAAUUUAGGUGACUUUCUUUCCCUCCCGAUUUGGAUUCUACUUUAUGAUGAUUUUGGAUAUGUACCUUUGGGAUGAAGAGAACCCUUUCCCUGCCCGCCGAAGUAAGAUAAAAUAGGGUUUCGCUGUCACUGGAGUUACUCCUCUCGUUCCAUAUGAAGAAGUCAAACAUUUGGAUAUGCACCUGUGUCCAUUUAUUGCUGUACAUGACAGUUGCUGCCUAUUCCAGUGAAAUAGGAAAUCCCAUUACAGAUGACAUCAAGAAAAUUUCUUUCCUGAAACAGAAUAUUCCAAAAGACUACAGGAUUACAUUACGUUAUAUACCUAAAGAAGUGAGUGGUAUGUGCUGGGUGAAGCUAAAUGUAUUUCACUUGGAGGUGAGCUUAAAAGGCCUGGCGCAGAAGUUUGGGAACAUAUCCUCCAAUAAAGAUAAUAUAGGCACUUUGGUCCAAAUACUGCAAGAGAUGCGGUAUCACAUUGGAUAUGGCUUGGAGGAUUCAAUGCUAGAAUUCGAUUGUCACUACGGAAAUGAGAUGUGGCUUACGGCAAAGUAUUUUGAAUUUGUGGAGGACUUUUUCAACACUGCCAAUUUAUCAAGAGAUGUCGAGGACUGCGAGCCCCCACCAUGUCCCACAUCCACAAAAACAACAGUAACGACAACUACAACGUCGUCGACAUUGUCAGCGCAACAUAGUACAAAUGAGAAACAUAACAGUUUGCCUGAUAACCCCAAAAAAGGGGCAUUCCUUCCGAAAGUUGUGCAGAACAGUCUUAUGUCGCUUCUCGCCAUCCCGUUCAUCGCCGUGGUGGUUUUUCUGAUGGUCUGGAAGAUUAAAUCUAGAAGAAACGCCCCCCAAACUGAACGGAGUCCGGAAGAAGGUCCCGCCCUUUUCUCAGGAGAGGAAGCCAAUAUACCCCCAUUAGAUGUGGAGAUAUCUGAAAAAAACAGAUUAAAUAUUAUCAUGGCAGUGUAAAUCCAGCCUCAGCUUAACCAACGCAGUCAGUCCUUCAAACGGCACAACGGACAGGAACACACAAGCACCACCUCCGAAAGAUUCUCUUACUGAACUUCUAAUUGUGAAGGACGCACACUGGCCUGAAAGGCAACAAACUGCUCUUUGAGAACUGAUGCCCUCUCUUAUCAACCACUGCUGAGCCCUUUGGGGUAGAUAAGGUUGCUCCUUCUGAGAACUUCUCUGAGUCACUCUUCAUGCUCUUCAAAGCUUCCUUCUCCUCUUGGAGACUGCAAAGAGACUGUUCAGGGGGAAUUUGAUGAAAAACAGAAUGAAAGCAACACAGCAUUGGAUUCAACUGGAGAUGUCAAAUAGCUAAGCGCAUUUUUUCAAGCACAGGAGCCGCAGUUCAGAAGGAGGCCAGCCAUAUUGUUGCUUGAGAGCAGAUGGCCAUCUAAAAGGAGUUUAAGCAGAAUUGACUACCUCCAGCUGCACUGGUCCAUCUCCUUCUUUAUUACUUCGUCCUUGUUCUUUCUCUUUCUUUUGGUCUGGGUGUCCAGAUAGACGCCUUUUCAGUUUUUUGAGUGCUUGAAUCAGUAAAGUCAUUCUCAGAUUGUAUCAUCUGAUUUGUGAAUUGUUUUUGUUGUCACUAUAGACUGGUGGUGUGGACUUAAUUUAUUUAUUACUGAAUAUGACAUGACACCUGCAUGGCAACAAAUAUCGAUAGAGACGAAAAAUACAAGAUCGUCUCAACUUAAAACAUAUCCCGCAAUCCUUAAACGCUUAUGUAUUUCGAAAAUAAACCAUACAUUCAUACUAGCCGCAACCUUGUAAGAACCAUUAUAGCUUCUCAGCUGCUAAAUGCAGUUAUGUGAAUCUGUUUUUAAAUGCUGUUUAUCAAAUAUUAAAGUCUAUUUAGUACACCCGCGA